AAUUUGUUCACUUCUAGUUUUACCAUAACAUUGUGACAGUUACCGUCUUCAAAUAAUUAUGGUGCUGGUAUUGAAAUUAUUAAUUGGUUUGGGUGUGGUAGCGAUUGCAACAUCGGAGACAACUUCCUCGGGCAGGGCGACAUCGUGCACUUUAACAGGAAAUUCUCUAGACCAACUCGCCGAAGUUAAAGCCUCCUGUAACGAUAUCGUCAUAGAAGACCUCCUUGUUCCAGCUGGUAAAAGUUUAGAUUUAUCCGGUUUAUCGGAUGCAUCGAUUACGUUCAAAGGAAACGUUUCUUUUGAAUACGCAGAAUGGAAGGGCCCGUUGGUUUUGAUAGGUGGUACUAAUUUGAGUAUAAAGGGCGAAGAAGGGCACGUUAUCGAUGGACAGGGUGCGAAAUAUUGGGACACCUUCGGUAUUCACGCUGGUGUUCAGAAACCGAGACUCUUCAAAUUGCGAUAUUUGUACAACGGAGUUGUGAACAAUUUGCACUUCCUCAAUUCGCCGCGUCAUUGCAUGGCCAUUAACAACUGCACAAAUGUAACCGUAAAUAAUUUAGUUGUUGAUUCGAAAGAUGGAGAUACCCAAGGAGGUCAUAACACCGAUGCAAUUAACGUGAAAGGCUCCGAGAACAUAUUCAUCAACCACACUACUGUAUACAACCAGAACGAUUGUAUCUCCGUCAGAUCCGGAAAAAAUGUUCAUUUUACAGACGGUUACUGUUACGGUGGUCAUGGGUUGUCGAUAGGAUCGAUCGGUAACAGGACAAAUAACGUUGUCGAAGACGUUUAUUUCACCGAUUCCAUCGUCGUGAAUUCAGAGAAUGGAGUUAGAAUAAAAACGGUGGUCAAUGCGACGGGAUUAGUUUCCGGUAUUACUUAUAACAACAUUACCAUGAGCAAUAUAACUACAUUUGGAAUUUUGGUACGAGGCGAUUAUGUAGGCAAUCCAGGACCCACAGGCACUCCUUCCAAUGGCAUUCCAAUCCGUAACCUUACAAUAACAAAUGUGCGUGGUACAGUUCAACCGCAAGCCACCAAUAUUUACGUUCUCCUUGGCCAGGGUGUUGCCCAGAAUUGGUAUUGGAACAAUAUAAACGUUACAGGAGGAACAAACAACUUAACAUGUCAAGGAAUACCUCCAAAUUCCGGCGUUUUUUGUGCAUAAUGAAAAUUCUUUAUUUUUAGAUCAACUUUCUUGUAUGUCUACUACUAUUACUAUAAACCAUGUAAUGUGUUAUAAAAUAUGAAUAAAAUUAAUGAAAUUA